UACGGUACUGUAUUUACUUAGAUAACGGGUAGAAGACAAAAACAUUCCAAUAACCUUGAAUGUACAAAUUAUUUUAGUUAUUAUGAUGAGAAGAUAACAAGAAUAAUGACUAAAGUAAUAAUGAGAGAACUGUGGAACAGUAUAAUAUAUUCAUUCGACUAGGACGUUUCAUUUUUGUAAAAUUUCUAAAGUUCGCUCUCAUUAUCGAUUGAAACGUUAAGUUACCAGAAUAUUUGUCAGUAUAUACGUAAAAGCGUUAUUGUUUAAGCGUUAAAAGAAACAAUAUAAACCAUGUCGAGUAUGCCCCAUAAUGUUAAUAUAGGAGAUAUGCGAAUAAAAUACAAGGAUAGAAAUGAAACCUUUAUAGAAGAAAAUUUGAUAAGCAAAGAACCAAUGGGACAGUUUAAAACAUGGUUUAAUGAAGCAUGCGAAUCACCACAUAUUCUUGAACCAAAUGCAGUAUUUCUUGGAACAGCAACUAAAGAUGGCUUACCAUCUGUAAGAACAGUAUUAUUAAAAAGUUUUGAUUUGGAAGGUUUUAAAUUUUAUACAAAUUAUAACAGCAGAAAGGGUAAAGAAUUAGAACAAAAUCCCAAUGCUGCAAUGACUUUCUACUGGGAACCAUUACACCGAGCUGUACGUAUAGAGGGAACUGUUGAAAAAACCUCAGCUAAAGAUUCCGAUGAAUAUUUUAAUAGUCGGCCAUUUCCAAGUCGGAUAGGAUCUAUGUCUAGCAAACAAAGUACUGUCAUUGCUAACAGGCAUACUCUUAUUGUGAAAGAAAGGGAAUUACUUGCUCAAUAUACAGAAGAGAACAUUAAAAGACCAGAUUGGUGGGGUGGUUACAUAGUUAAACCAAAAUCGAUUGAGUUUUGGCAAGGACAAAGUGAUCGUUUGCACGAUAGAAUUCGUUUCAGACGACCAAUAUCCGGAGAAAAAAUUGAUAACAUUUUUGUUCAUAAAGGAGAGAAUGGAUGGGUAUAUGAAAGAUUAUCACCUUAAUAAUUAGAACAUGUUAUUGCA